UUUUUCGUACUACGUUAUAAAUUAGGAUUGUGCAACUUCGCAGAAAAAAAAAAAGAAAAAAUCGACCACGCUGCCGUCUCUACGUCAUUUCACACAGCGGGAUCUAGGUCGAGUUCUAGCUCGACUUCGACCUCCACCUCACCUACAACUCACACCACGCCUACCACUCCCCUUGACUCUCACAUAUACACAGAAACCAUUCACCAUGUCGUCCCUCAAACGCAAGAACGACUCGGCCCCGGACUCCAACAAGAAGCCCAAGGUCAACGCGAGCAUAACAUCCUUCUUCGGCGCCCCCAAGAGCUCUCCCGGCGGCGCGCCGCCUUCCUCGCCGCUGUCCGGGGCCGCCGCGUCGAAAUCCGACGGAGCGUCGGCGGCUGCUCUCAAAUUCGACAAGGCGAAGUGGGUAGCGGGUCUGACGCCCGAGCAGAAGCGCCACCUGCAGCUCGAGAUCCAGACCUUGGACCCCAGCUGGCUGGCCCACCUCAAGGACGAGAUCGUCACGCCGGAGUUCAUCGAGCUGAAGAAGUUCCUCGAGAGCGAAAUUAAGAGCGGGAAGAAGGUGUUCCCACCUAGGGAGGAUGUGUAUUCUUGGUCCCGCCACACCCCCUUCCAUACCGUGAAAUGCGUGAUCCUAGGCCAAGACCCAUACCACAACAUCAACCAAGCGCACGGCCUCGCCUUCUCCGUGCGCCCUCCAACGCCCGCCCCUCCCUCACUCCGCAACAUGUACAUCGCGCUGGCGAAAGACUACCCAUCCUUCGUCCCUCCGCCCAACAAAUCCGGGCUCCUCACGCCCUGGGCCGAGCGCGGCGUGCUGCUCCUGAACACUUGCCUAACAGUGCGCGCGCACGAGCCGAACUCGCACGCGAAGCGCGGCUGGGAGCGGUUCACGCAAAAAGUCAUCGACGUGGUGGCGCAGCGCCGCACGCGCGGCGUCGUGUUCCUGGCCUGGGGCGCGCCGGCCGCGAAGCGCGUCGCCAAGGUCGAUGGCAAACGGCACCUGGUCCUCAAGAGCGUGCACCCGAGCCCGCUGAGCGCGUCGCGCGGCUUCUUCGACUGCGGACACUUCAAGGCGACGAAUGAGUGGCUCGCGCUGAGGUAUGGUGAGAGCGAGGUGAUUGAUUGGGGUUUGGGUAAUUGUAGCACGCUGGUUAAGAAGGGGGAUGUGAAGAAGGAGAUGGAGAAGGACGAGGAUGUUGAGGAGCAAGAGAAGGAGAAUGAGGGGGAUAAGGAGAAGGCGACGCCUGUUGUGGCGGUGGGCGAGAUUGAUGAGGAUGAGUUCGAGGAGGAGAGUAAGAUAUUGCAGGAGAUGGGUGAGGAGGGUAAGGCAGAUGGUGUUAAGGAGGAGUAAAACAAAGCAAAGCAAGGAAAGUACUUUAGGGUUGGUAUUCGGGAAUAAGGGGUAAGGCGUUCGGAGACCUCUCGUCUUACCUGUGUAGUAUACUGGCUGGCGUUGCGUGGUCUAAAUGGUUGGACAGGCGUCUCCUCACGGCAUAUCGAGAUUGUACAGUACAUACAGGAUUAGCUAACAUACCCCUUCUUAGGGAAGUUGCUUAAGGAAGUAAUAAUUGCUUCAAAGUCUUGAGUCGCGCAA